GCCCUCACCUCCACACUUCUUCCCCCACGCGUGACGCGUCCAACCCGAUCUCUAUUCUCUAGCUUCCCCAAAUCCCCAAUCCGACCUAAGCCGGCGAUCCGCCGCCAUGGGUCGCACGGAGGGCCGCCUCGCGUCCGUGGUGCACCUCCCCGGCCGCUCCAGGGUCUCCGCCUCGCCCUCCCCUCGCCGCCGCCGCUCCCCGUCCCGGUCGCCCUCCCCGCGCCGCAACCGCCGCCGCGACCGGUCGCCUAGCCCCUACCGCAGCCGCAGGGACCGGUCCCCUAGCCCCUACCGCGACCGCCGCCGCCAGUGGUCCCCCUACCACCGCGACCGUGGCCGCGACGUGGAGAGGGAGUGGGCUCGGGACCGAGACCACCCUGCGCCCCGUCGCGGCGGCGGCGGCGCGGGGGCCGGCGCCUGGUCCGCCUCCGACGAUGACGACGACGAGCAGCUCAAGGGUCUCACCUACUUCGAGUACCGCCGCGUCAAGAGAGAGAAGCUCCGCAAGAGCAUGAAGCGGUGCAUCUGGAACAUCACGCCCAGCCCUCCUCGCCGCGAAGGUGAGGAUGAGGAUUAUGGCUACAGCGACGAGGAGGAGGAGGAGGAGGAGAAAAAGGAAUCGCCAAAGAAGGUGGCCUCCUCGGAUAAGAGCGAAGAGGAGGAUAGCAAGGGUUCGUCGGAAUCCGACUCCGGUGAGUCUGAUAGCUUGUCCGAUUCCAGCAAAUCAGAUGAUACCCGGAGGAAGAAGAAAGGGCGUAAGGGUAGUCACCGUAGCAGCAAGCGUAGCCGCCACCGCCGCCGCCACCAUUCAUCUGAUACAGAGGGUGACGACAACAGCAAGGCUGAGGAGGAUUCGGAGGGCUCUUAUGAUUCCGAGGACUCUAUGGAUAGGAGGAAGAAGAAGAGAUCGCGGAGGCACAAGAAGUCUAAGAGGAGGGGAAGGAGCUCCAGGAGGAAGAAGAGGAAGAGCAAUGAUACAGCUUCUGAGGGAAGCUCUGAGGAGGAGGCGGUGGCAGCGGCUUCAGGAUCAAGCCCUAGCCCCUUGAGGGACAGUAAGAAGAAGAGCCGGAGCUCACGGAGGAAGAGGAGCAAGCAGUCUGAUUCGGAAGAUCAGGCCCCAUCCGAUGCCGACCUUGGUGUUAAGGAAAUCGAUGAGACAAAUGAGCCAGAGAUUGACCCAGAAGCAAUCAAAUUCAAGGAAAUGCUCGAGGCCCAAAAGAAGGCUGCUUUGGAGAAUGAGAUGCCGGUUGGGCCAAUGCCUCUUCCUCGUGCAGAAGGUCAUAUUAGCUAUGGUGGUGCACUGAGACCUGGAGAAGGUGAUGCUAUUGCACAGUACGUACAGCAAGGGAAACGUAUCCCACGACGUGGUGAGGUUGGUCUAUCUGCAGAGGAGAUUCAGAAGUUCGAGGAUUUGGGCUAUGUGAUGAGUGGGAGUAGGCACCAGAGGAUGAAUGCUAUCCGUAUAAGGAAGGAAAACCAGGUUUACAGUGCAGAGGAUAAGAGGGCGCUUGCUAUGUUUAAUUAUGAGGAGAAGUCGAAGCGAGAGCACAAGGUCAUGGCUGAUUUGCAGCGCUUAGUGCAAAGAACCAUUGGAAAUGAUGUAGGACCUUCCCAUGAUCCAUUUGCUACAGCGGAUGGCUGAGUAAGGAUUUAUAGCUGUUAUACAAUGAAUGAUCACCACUAUUUCCUUUUCUUUUUAUGAUCCCUAUAGUAUAGGUCAUGAUCUCUAAGAUGCCAGUUAGUGCUGUGGAUAUCUUCACAGACAUUGCACUUGAACCGUACUAUUAGAACUUAUUUGUAAUUUCUGUUUUGUGUUGAGUAUUGACUACUUGUGAUGCUUAUCCUACUUGUUCUGUUUGUUCUUGUC